AUGGCCUCUGAAUUCCCCAGAAGACUUUACACCAAAGGGUUUGAACCAGUCCCGGAUAAAAGCAUCGGCUAUUACGCUGAUGAUUAUAGGCUGGUCCCUGCACUAAAGUCAGCUCUAGAGGAGGAUGAAUGGGAAGAGAUUUACGAGUCACCGUUGGGUGUCUUUUUAAAGUUCCACGAGUUGGAUUUUGGUUGGGCUUCUAGGCUGGUGCACCACAUGCUGACCUUUCAGAUAGUUUGCAAGCAGAGGUACGAGAUAUGGAGUCUCAUUGGUACCACUCCAAUUCAGUUUUCAUUGCAUGAGUUUGAGGAGAUCACCGGACUCAACUGCGGGUACGUGGAUAACUUGGCUUUAACUGAUCUUGCGCUUGAAGAUGACACGCGUGCAUUUUGGGAGCUAAUGGGGGUCGAUGCCGAGUCGGGCCCAAGCACUACCGAAAUUAUCGAAGCCUGUUCCAACUGCUCAUCAUGGUCUCGUGAUGAUAGGCUGCGGUUGGGUUAUCUUGGGAUCUACGCUGGUUUCAUAGUGGCAACGAGACUCGGCUCAUCCACAAAUGUCAACCAUGCCAGACUAGUGAUGGAUCUCGAAGGUUUUAAGGAGUUUCCAUGGGGAAGAAUUGCUUUUCAGCAUUUGAUCAAUUCUGUUAAGGAGAAAGAUCUCAGCAAAAACAUUCAUAUAGAAGGAUUUGUGCAAGCUCUUCAACUGUGGGUUUACUAUGCUCUACCGGAUUUUGCUGCUGAAUUUGGCGAACCAUUGCCAAAUGUUACUGAAGAACCUCUUUUGCUGGCUUACAAAGGAUCCAGAGGACGAAAGAACGUCAACGCCAACAUGCUAAAACAGGCUCGCAUACAGUCCUGCGUGGCUAAGGACUUGGCGGAUAUGUUUCCCGUGUGGGAUGAUGACGAACAGGAUCCAGAUAUUUUCAAGAUUGUCAAUGCACUCCAUGACCCCAAUUUCAAGUUCUCAAAAGACCAUUGGCCUUUGGAAGGUGUUUUGGGUGCACACAUCGUCAAGUCAGAAGCCGGAAAGAGGAGCCUUCCCUCAGAUGAAUCAAGUCGCAAGAGACCCUGCACAGCCUCUGCAUCUGCCGCAUCAUUCGUUGGUGAUGAAGGGGUCGGAGUUGUCGCUACUAUGAAAGCGCACUUCGACCAAUGCUUCAAUAGCUUUUCAACCAAGAUGCUGAAUGGUCUUGGUAGCUGUGAAAAGCAGAUCAAAAUUCUCACCGAGAAGGUUGAAUCUGUAGAGCGUGCGGUAGAAGAGUUGACUACAGGGUCGGCGAAGCACACUGAGGAAGAGCCAACCCAGCAGCAGGGCACUGGAUCCAAGAAGCAUGAAGGGAGUAAUUCAGAGAAAGAUGAUGCUCCGAAGAAGGCUAAUGUCAACGUUGGUGCGUGUGAGAGUGUUAACGCCCCCGGGGAUGCAAAAGGAAAGAAGGCUGCCGUUAAUGAAGAAGAGGCCCCAGAGCCUAGUAUUUGUGAAAUUGACCCGAAGACGUGUGAUGUAGACUUCGAUGCGGUUGCACUUGCCAAAAAUGCCAAAGCCAGAGAAGCGGCUCAGCUAGUUGCCCGAGCAACGAGUGCCCGACACCGCCAGCUGGCUGAGACACAGAAGAGUCCCUUCUUAGGAAACAGCACCGCAAAGGCCAUCAUUCCAUCGUCGGCAUCUCACUCCGGCCGUGCCCGUGGAUAUGAUCCUUUUGAUCAAACCGGUGUCAGGGCGAAGCAUACCACUCUAAUGAACUUUAUCAAAUCAAACCCGUAA